ACCAAUUAACAUAAUUGGUAGACCACAUAUAUAGGAGAUAUUAUUUCCUGUUUAAGUCGAAAACAUUAACCUGAAAAUACGUGACGCAUCGACAGGUGUAACAACAUCCCUUAAGGAUGGUGUUUGAACAUCCACCCUUGGUUGUCACGUGGGGGGUGACGAUAUCCGACCGGUUGGCCCGAUUCGCAUCCGAAGUGUACAUUUGUAAAUUCUUAAUAGUUAAAUCAAACCGUGGGUAGGCGUGGCAUGGGGUAUAGCUAGCUAAUGCCAUCUAGUGAUGGUAAAAGUUACCACAAAAGCGGUUAGUUGGGAAGGAUCAUCUACCGAGGAGCGAGAGAGAGAGAGAGAGCGAGAGCUAGUGUGUGUGUAUGUGUGCAUCUGACAGAAGCCCUCUUAGGAUUGUGUGAUAACCACCUGACUUUAGGAAAUAAAGGAUUAUAUCCCUUAUUUUGAUUUACCUAAUCUGUCCAUAACGGAGUGAUUGAAAGGAAAACAGGAAAAAAAGGGAGAAGUGGAGAGGGUGCAACUGUGCCCAACUCGGCAGCCAUGAAGUGCAUCUUGGUGUUAUUUUGUCUUUGUGUAGUCAUCCGGUGUGAGAAUAUUUUAGAUGCCAUAAGUAAAAAUCCAAAUCUAUCGAAAUUCACGAACUUAGUAAGGAAAGACAAUGUCCUGGUCAGCCAUCUACAGUACAAAGUCAGCACGAUGUUCGCACCCACCAACGACGCCAUCGAUAGAGCGAGGAAGUGGUCAUCGAAGAACGACGACAAAAUUGGAUCUUAUCACACAAUAAACUCUCUAGUACCAAAAGAAGUCUUUGACAAAACUACAAAUCCAUCCUCUAUGGUAGGAGGCCCACUUUUCUUAUCAGUUCUGAAAACGGAAAAGGAUUCUAAAGUAGAAACGGAGUAUUACGUCAACAAUGCAAAGAUCAUCGAAGAGGUCUCUUUCAAAGAUUCUAGCACGGGAGGGACGUGGCAGAUCCUCUACAUCAUCGACGAGAUGCUGGAACUGUAUCUCGACAACACUAACACUCCCUCUUUGGAUGCACUCAAGUUUAUGGAACAACCCAACGCUUAUGAUAUUGGGGAAUCUGUCAGCAUGUUUUUAUCUCGUGUCAAAACAGAGAAACAGGAAGGAAUUUUCCGCCAAGACGGAAGAAAUACUUACUUCAUUCCGAUAGAUGUAUCAGAAAGUUACGGAUCCAACAUGGAGAGGCUGAAAAAAAUGGAUUUGGCAGUCAUCAGGGGUCACAUUGUUCCGGGGAUGGCUCUCUUUACGAGAACCGUGGGUAAGAAGGCAUACCUUUCCGAGACCCGCACUCAAGUUUUGAAAGUGCAGCUGUCCAUAGUAAAUCAGUCUGAUCCUCAUGGCGAUGGAUAUAUAUUACACGCCGAGAGUAAUGUCGUGCAUAACCAUCUGAAGCAGAGCAACAUGAAAGGUCUGGUACUAUCAAAAAUCAUCAGGCCAAACAUUCCGGUAUCGAAUGGAGUAGUUCAUUUGAUCGAAACUCCAUUGCUGAUCGUGGAUAAGACGAUUUGGGAAUUCAUCCAGAGAGAUGCACUGUUAAUGGAAUUCCACAAACUGAUGAUCAAUGCACCGAAAUUUACCGAAUUGUUGACGCACACGCAAGAGAAAACGCUUUUUGUACCGUCGAACAAGGCGCUGAGGCAACUUUCCGAAGAGAAAUUCGAGAAGAUCAGAACCAACAGCACCAUCCUCACUAACUUACUAAAUCUACACCUAGUGAUGAAAGCCAUUUCGAUAGAGGACAUUGUAUCAGGCUCCAUACCAAACGAGUUCAUUUCUUCGGAUCUCAACCGAAAUUUAUACUUUAAGGUGGUGGAACAGGACGAGACACAGGUUUUAACGGUAGAAGGUGGAGGAGUCAAUGCCACUGCAGAGAUAGCGAACAUCAGAGCUACAGACGGGGUGAUCCAUAUCAUAGACAGGAUUUUGGGGAUGCCCUUUCAGACCGUCUACGAAAAACUCAAGAAUGAUCCGUCUCUAAGGACCACGUACGAAUUUAGCCAGCAAGAUUCGUGGAACGAACAAUUACACGACGAAAAUAUGAGAUUUACAUUUUUUGCACCGAACGAAGAAGCGUGGGAGAAACUUAAAUCCGAAUAUCCUAGUUCCUUUAAGAAGAUUCAAAUCGGAAUUGUACCUCUUCAUUUGAAAACCAUAUUGAACCGUCACUUACUUGUGGGAAAAGAAUUGUCCAUUCAACAUCUCGAAAUGCAUGAUGAGAUCCAUAUGCAAGAAGGAAUCUUCAAAAUCUCCAAAGGUUAUGGCUAUGUUCAAGUGAAGUGGGAAGGCGAAUUGGCACACAUCAUGCGGCCGGGCGUCCAGGCCACCAAUGGAGUAAUUCACGUCAUAGAUCAAGUGAUGAUGAAGCCGCGCGAUCUGUCGACAGUAAGCUCCGCCCUCGCCGUCCGACAGGCCGUGGCCCUGGUGUCGACGUGUUGUCUGAUGCUGUUGGUAUUUUAAGGUGGCCGAAACAUGCAUUCCCGUCUGCGUGAGGAAAACUGCCAAUCCCGAGUGAAGAACUCCUAAAAAAAGAAUUUUUUUGCAUCACACAAAAUGUCUGCCGGCAGCGGCGACCAGUUCGUCGUUGCCAAAAUAUUGGCGUGGUGGGUCCAGUAUCGCUAUAAUUAGUUAUGAGAUCAAUUCUCAAAUGUGCACAAAAUUUAGAAAUUUGAUGUUUUUUGAUCGGAAGUCGUUUAUUUCUUCUCCCAAAGACGUGCGGCGCGGAGGGGAACGGGUACUUUUUCUUUUAUUCCUCAGAAGAAUGUUUGUACACUAGGUUUAGUUUUGAAAAGAACAGGAACAAUUCCUAUUGACAGCCAAGCUGACCAGCUUUCCCAGUUUUAUGAAAAUUGCUUUUGAAUUGUCAGAAGUCAUUUGCUUGUAUGUUUAAUGAUGUAUUUAAAACAACAACAACCACAAGUGUUUGAUGUUUACUGUUGAAGGUCACAAAAAAAAUAAAUAAAAGAACCAAUUUCGCUUCCUUCUCUUCAUUCCAUUCACCACAACUUAGCUUGUGAUCGAUAUUAACGCCUCUGCAAUCCAUGCGAAAACGUCACGGCACUCGCGGUGCAUCUUGCUAUUUUGAAGUCGUACACUGUCUGUCACACCAACACAAAAAUAGCAAUAAAAGGGUAAGUUUUAAAACAACUGUAGUAUUUUGGUUCGGCGAAUGAUCGGACCCGAGCGGUCUCACCACACUGCCUAGCGUGAAUGGAAUUCGGGAGAGAAGGAAUCACUUGUGAAAACAUUGUAUUAAAAACAACACCCUAUCUAGGGUCAAAUGGUGUAGGAUCUGUAUUCUGAUUGUAUAUGUUAAUAAAGUGCACAUUGUGCAAUGUAAUUUUA